CAUUCAUCACCAUAACCUCAUACAUCAAAGCAAACAAAUAAAAAUUAAAAAGGGAAGGAUACAAUGGGGAAAAAGAUUGGCGCUCUUGUACACGGGCUCCUGCUCUUGUCAACACUACUAACCCAUGUGUUGGUCGAGGUUGAAGCACACAAUUAUUUUCAAAAAACGAAGGUGGUGAUAUCGAACCAAAUUGAAGGAGGACCGAAGUUGUUGGUUCAUUGCAAGUCCAGCCAUGACGAUCUGGGUGUGCGUUGGUUGGACCCAGCUCAGAGUUUCGUCUGGACCAUCUCCCAAUCUUUUUUCGUAUAUACCGAGUACUUCUGUGCCUUCCGAUGGGAAGAUGGAGCUCAUCUUGUUUGGUUCGACAUCUACAAACCAGAGAGGGAUGGUGAGGUGUGCAAGUUGUGUCAAUGGGCCAUCAGGAGAGACGGGCCAUGUCUGGCAGUGCCGGGUUCCAAAAUGUGUUAUCACUGGAUUUCCCAUUUUUAGUACGACAAUAAGCUCUUUUAGGCACACUUUAGGUGAUCAAGUUCAUUUGGGUUUUCGCAAGUUCUAUCGUUGGGUUUUAUAGUUGGUAUGUGUGAAUAAUUAGUUUGGUUGAAUCUCUACACUUAAGAAUUUUGUUUUGCUGUUUUAUUGGGAAUCCGAGGCGGAAUAAAAUGAAAGUUACUCUUCUUAUUUAUUACUAUUUUUUGUGAUCUUAUUCAUUAAGGCUAAUAUCAUCACCAACUUUCUAUCCGUUAGCGUUGUCCAUUUAUGAUCAAUGAGUUGACUGCUAAUAUGUUAGUUGACAUGAAUUAGAAGGAUGAGGUGGAAUUAUUAUUGACAUCACUUAUAAUAAACAAAAAUAUUCAUAUAAAAAAGCUCAAAAUUUUCAUUUUUCUCUUGCGAAUUCCUCCCUUAACACCACCGCCACUCCCCUUGUUACCGCCACUAUCGAGUAUCGACCUUCCAAUCAUUUGCUCAACUAUCUCCUCAGCUUUUCCAAAAUGUCUUUGAACCUGUUUUUGGAUAUGAGCUCUUUUACAUAGUCGGAUUUCCCUUUUAAUUUAGCCAUUGUUUAUACCAAAAUAAUUUUCAUAAUUAUUGCAUGUAUGAAAAGGUUGGCCAAUUUAAGUAGCUAGUCCAUGUGUACAUGGAUGAUCCAAUUCAUCAAGUUGGGUCGUAGGAUUAAAGGAUAGUAGUGUUCAACAUGAUGGAUACCAUCCAAAUCCAAUAAUGGAUGGUAGUGUCCAAAUACAUGGAUACCAUCCCAAAUAUAAUGGACACCAUCCAAACUCAAAGUGGAUGGUGCCAUCCAACAACAUGGAUACCAUACAAGUUAUUUGGCGUGUGGUGACCAUCUAAUUGCUCAUCCAUGGUACAUAGGGUUGAUUGUCCAGUGACAUGAUGACGUGUCAAAUGUGGUUACCAGAAGCAACAGCUGACUUGCAAAAGACGCUAGGAGAGGAGUUACUGGAUGCUACGUGGAGAAGAGAGAGAAGGCGGUUAGAGGGUGAGGCACAAUAAAACUUGCAAGGAGCUUCUGGAGGAUGGACAGACAAAUCAAAUCACAAACAAUCUCGUCAAAAUUUAUCCUUUUCUCUCUAGAACAGUAACCGUAGCAGUAGCACCAGGGACCCUCCAACAAGGCUUCUCUAUUAGUUGUGGUCAGUAGUUGCAGAGCUCUCAAGGAAUCUCCAUAGGAGUAGAGGUAAUAGUAAGUAGAUCCUCAGAUAUAUGCAUCAAACACGCUCGUUCGAACAGUGUUUGAAGAGGUGUGAGCCGAGUAACAUCGUUUUCUGUUUUCUUGAGGUCAUGGUGCAUUGAUCACGCGAAAUUCCACCUAAAACACCCACACAAUUGCAAAAAUUGUCAUGUCCAACAAGUUCUAGGGAUGACAAACUAGACCCGCCCCGGUGGAUUUUCCCCGAUCCGGCCCGUAUUUAAACAGAGCGGAUCUUGACCCGCUCCGUUGUUAAGACAGGGAGGACAUGGAUGUUGCCAUCUAACCUAGGGGUGGGCAAACGGUUCGGUAAACCUGAACCGAACUGAACCGAAAUCGAAUUAAACCGAACCGAAACCGAAUUAAUGCUAUUCGGUUCGGAAUUCGGAAGGAAAAUAUGGAUAGUUCGGAAAUCAGAGUUCUUUUAAUCGUCGAAUUUCCGACCGAAAAACCGAAAUACUAUAAUUGCAAGCUUCAAAUGGUGAAUUUUUAUGUUUGUAGUUGUUUUUAGACUCAAAUAUUUGAAAUAUUUUAUGACUUAUGUGUUGAAAAGUUUGGUUUUAUCAUUGAUGAUGCAUAUAAUUGAUAUUUAUUGUUUAUAUUAGGGGUGAAAAAUAAUUUAAAAGUGAGAAAAUACAAGUAGCUUCACAAAUUCGGUUUUGUGUGAAAAACGAACCGAACCGAAUUAUAGUUCGGUUUAAACCAACCGAACUGAAUUAUAAUUCGGUUCGAAUUCGGUUCGACGUUUGGGAGAAUUCGGGGACCCGGUAUUUAUAAUUCCGGUUCGGUCAAAACCGAACCGACCGAAUGCCCACCCCUAAUCUAACCCACUCCGAUCUGCUUCAUCCCGUCGUCGAAUAACCUGCAAAAUGCGAAGUUAAAGAGAGACCCAAAAUCCAAGACAAGCAGUCACCAAGGUAGCCUAUUUAUUUCUUAGAGAGACCCAACAUGCCAUCCCUUCCCCAAUCACUUCUCUAGCUAGCGACCCUGCAUGUCAUCCAUUCCCUAAUAAAUUCCCAUAAAUAAAUCCUGCAUUCGAGAAAUAUAUCUCGCAAAUUCCAAUUCCCAGAGACCCAUUGAUAGGGCAAAAGCGUGAUGCCUGAAUCCUAUCUCGUAGUAAAACAGGGAAGUCCGGGUAUCGUCUCUCAUGGACUGGUACAACAUUAUAUUCUAUCAAUUCUAUGGAGCAAACUAUAGGUGAAAUGGUUUGAGUGAUGAAACUACUAGCUAAUAAUUACACAAAACAAGCAAAUUAAAGUUGUUGGGAGAAAAUAAAUGGGAGAAUGCUCUGGGAGAAACACCGGAAUUCACUACCUAUCAUAUCCAAAUUAAUUCACAUAUUCUAAUCAGUUUAAUCCAUAUCUCUACAGCCAAGAUAUCACUACUGUGCUAGCUAUCCCUGUCGAGAAUUACUACGUACUAAACGAUUAAAUCAAAUCCUACUGUCGUAGCUCAUUGAGUUAACUAUUUAGCCUUAAGGCCGAUAUCCCAAUCAAGACCGCAUAGCACCUUAUUUAAUCCACUGUUGCUUCGAUAAGUUACUAUGUCACAUGAAAUAGGUUCACUUAUUAGGGUUUCACUGUCGCUAAUAACCUAAUUAACUACAAAUCAAUGUAUUGGUGGCCAGUCAACACAAAGCAUUAAGAAAUUUCUUGCAAUAGGGAUUGGAAGAAAAGAAAUAUGAAUCAAUCCAUCAAGUAUAGAAAUAGCUACAUCCUAUGGUGUUUCCCCCAGAAAUUGGGGUUUAGUUCAUGAUGAAACUGAGAUAAAACAUUAGGGUUUGGUUCAUCAUGUUCUAAAUCAACAAUAAACAACUAGUUCGGUCUAGAGAAUCCAACCAAAGUAAUCGCUCUAGUUGAAAUCAGCUCCUGCUGCCUUGGACAGCUCGAUCACCAAUUGCCGAAUCCGCUCGCUGCUGCUCCUGCUCUUUUCUCUAUUCUUUUCCCCCGAAAGAAUUCACAGCCGAAUUCUUUGCUAGCCAAAAAUUGCCUCCCCCUUGUUCUUCCGCCACCCGCCUUCUUUUUUUCAGCUUCGCAUUCCAGUCCAUCCCAAAUACGUAGUUGUCCAAUUAUUCUCCUCUCAUUUGGCCCAAAGAAUCCCCCACAAAAGGACAAGAGACUUGGGCCAUUUUAAUCCAAGAAUUGCCCCCUUCAAAUUCACUUCCGCCCAAAUUAUUGUGUCCCAGCUAUUCCCACUCCAGGACCAAUUAAUUCCUUCCAAAAUCCCCCCCAAGCAAUUAUGUUUCCAGUCCUUCCCUGUUGUCCCCUGUAAAAAUCCGGUCCAAAUAAUUCUCCCCAGCUACUAAUUAAAUGGACUGGUGGAGGGAAGUAUGGGCGCUGGCCCAUUAGCUGCUGCCGCUGAAUAUGUGAAAUUGGGCUAGCAAAGUUGGCCCGAACCGGUUAGUUUACUUAUGAGCUGGAUAGCUGGUCCUUAGCCUGAUUUGUUUUGCAUUUGACAUAUAUUUGUGCAUUUCUUGUUCCUUGUUUUUUUCCACCUAAAAUAUAUCACAACACUAACACAUGGCGGUAAUGGUCUUAUAACCAUUCCAAAGUCAGUUGGCCUUAAAACAAGCAUUAUAUGUCUCAAACAUAUCAUGAAAUAAUCACAUUAAGAACACAAAAUCAAUAUGUUUUCAACAAUUAUCACCCAUCUAGCGACCUUACACUGCAUGCGACCAAUUCUUCCCUUAUGCCUUUAUUAAAACCACUCUUCCUCCCCCAAUGGCCAAUUCUCAAUUCUCCAAAUCCUAAUCUCCCAAUUACUCAUGUUCCCUUAUUGUAUAUAUAUAUCCGUGAACAAAGAUGUAUGGAUCUCUUAGAGGAUCUACUUCCUCCUUCAUCUUCAUGUUCUUCUUCUUCCUCCUCCUCGGACAACGCCAUUUGAGAGGAACUACUCCCUCCUUCACCGUCCUCUUGCAGCUUUACAAAUUUACAAUCUGUGUUACUUACAGAGGGUGAGUGCUUAUUUCCUCUCUGGCUGCCAUGGUUUAUGCGGAGAGAGAACUAUUAUUGUUGAAGAAUGGGAACUUGAUAUGGCUACUGCCUACUGGGCUUUGACGACACCACAAGCCCUAAAUUGAUUAAUAAAGAUAGGUCAAUAUUAGUGGACGGAUCAGAGCGGGUAUGACCCGAUCCGUGCGGGGCGGUGAAUGGACCUGAAUUUAGUGACAUGUCCCGUAGCAUGGGGCAGGGCGGAUCAGUGUUCUAUGAGCCAGUGCAGAGCAAGGAUUCAAUGCUAUCCACUCUGUUCUCGCCCCGUUCCCAUUCCUAACAAGCUCUCUAUGGGAAUCACUACAAUAAAACCAACAUAUAAGAGGAAAUAAUUAGAGACAAUUAUUCUAUUGAUCAUUAAUUCUCUAAAACUAAACUCGAGGGCCAUAAAUGUUAUUUUUCUCGGUAAGUGGAAUUAUUGGUCUCUAGAGGCAAAUCUCACAGCUUGUAGAAGCAAAUAUCACAAAUAGUAUGUGAUAUAGAGAGACAUAUCUCAUAGUCUUUUUAGCAAAUAGAAAGGGCACUUAUGAUUAUGUCAUAUAAAAACAAAUUCAACAAUUUUAAAGACAUAUACAAAUUUUCCUUAUACAUAUUUCAUAUUGAUGCAAAUCUAUAGUAUAUAAAGACAAAUACAAAUUCAAAUCAAAAGGGUUAAUACCUUAAUUUGCACGAGGUUUUCUCUCUUAUUCUUCUUCUACUCAUGUUUCGGUUAAUGCUCAUUUUAGGUGUGGGGUGGGGGAUGUGUUCCCUCUCUCUCAACCAUGCCUCUCUCUGUAUAUAGAGUGGUAAUUUUCUAUGGUAGUGGUGAGGUAGUAGUGUUUUUGUGUGGUUUGUAAUAGUAAUUUUAUGAUUUUUAGUCUCAACGUAGUUGUGGUAGUGGUUGUAGGACGAUAGUUGUGAUCCGAUGCAUAAUUGAUUUGACGACAAUGGAACCGUGGAGAAGAAUAAUUUGCAAAGGCAAGGAAAAGAGAAAGGAUAAUAUGACGGAGACGUUGGAUGAAGGAAGCGGAGGAGUUUGAUGGGGCAGAGAAUGAUUUGUGUUGUUACUCCAUAGGUUUGUGAACCGAAGUUGAUUUUGGUUGAAUUGAGCCACCUCAACCAUAUUGUUAGCCAUUUAUGAGCCACGUAAGCUCCGUUAGAACGGGGAGUUAACAUAUGACUAAUUUCUGUAUUUUGAUAGCCGUGACUAUUUCUCAUUUGCCGUGAAAUGUUAGGUUAAAAACAUGUAUGUAGUAUUUACUCUAAAAAAGAAGAAAACAUCUUUACGAGAACCAUUACACCAAGAACCCUAUUAGCACCCUAACCGGAUUGAUUGAGAUUUGUUUAAUCUUGAAGGAAAGGGAAAGCGACGCAAUAUCCUGACAGAGGAUUGGAAAUAAACAACAGCUACCAUUGAUUAAAUUCCCCUCUCCUUUCUGCUUCCAAUCCACCACCAAGCAAUGAAUUUACGCUACUGACAAUUCGCAAGCCACAAGAAAGACAGAUGACGACGGAGACGGCGGAGGCUUCUCCAGCCAUGCAAUCCAACGACGGCGACGAAUCCGACCAGUAUCCGCCCCACUGGGGUCCGACAGCCUGGUCCCUGCUUUCCGAUCUCCGGCAGCGCUCCCCUCUGAUCCAGUGCAUCACCAAUUUCGUCUCCAUGGACAUUGUCGCCAACACCCUCCUCGCCGCCGGCGCAUCCCCGGCGAUGAUCCACUCUCUGGCCGAGAUCCCCGACUUCACCCCUCAGGCCCAAGCGCUCUGCGUCAACGUGGGAACCCUCUCCCCCUCAUGGGUUCCCGCCAUGAAAUCCGCUGCAGAGCUGAUGGUCAAGUUGGGGAAGCCCUGGGUUCUCGACCCUGUUGCUGCUGGCGCUUCUGGGUUCCGCUUGAAUGCUUGUUUGGCGCUUGUUGGGGUGAAGCCUACUGUAAUUCGAGGGAAUGGGUCUGAGAUCAUUGCUCUGUCCAGGGCUUCUCUCGGUGUCUCCAAGGGGGUAGACAGCGCCCAUGGGUCCAUGGAUGCACUGGAAGCAGCCAAAUCGUUGGCUCGAGCGAGCGGAUCCAUUGUUGCAGUGUCGGGAGCGGUUGAUGUAGUCACCGAUGGCAAUCGAGUUGUUGCUGCUCAUAAUGGAGUUCCCAUGAUGCAGAAGAUCACAGCUACUGGGUGUGCAGUCACAGCACUCAUAGCAGCCUUUGUUGCUCUCGACCCAUCACAUCCUUUGGAAGCAACAGCUUCAGCCCUCUCUGUGUUCUGCAUUGCAGGUGAGCUCGGAAUGGAUCUGGCCAAAGGUCCGGCUACGUUGCGGAUGCACUUGAUCGAUUCCUUGUACGGGCUCGAUGAAGCUGCUUUGCUAUCCCGAGUUAGGAUCACCGAUCUGUAAGGCUGCAAACGCGAGCGCUCGUAAUAUCGGUAAUGUGUCUUGUGACUAAUAGUAGUGUACAGAGUUGCAUAGAUUAGUCUUGGCAUGAAACAGCAUCAUCUAUGAUGUAUGAAUAAAGCAGCUCUCAGUUCAUUUCCAAACCAUAUUUUUCAUUUCACAACAUCGCAUUACUUCUUUGUCAAGUAUUAAAAAGGUCAUGCCUUUGUAACAGCCACAAUCUCAAACCAAAUAUAAUCAACAACCAUUUUACAACAUCGACCAAACAAAUUGAAAACAUCAUCAAUCAAUUCACAAAGUCAAA